CCUCCCUCGUUUGUUUACCUAUUCCUGGAAAUGUCACCGUAAAUAUCACCAUUGGCCUCAGCCGCCACGUUUGGACGGGAUAUAAAUACCCGCUACCUUCUAUCCUUUUCUGCCCUUUCUUCUUUUUUAUUCUCUUUCUCUUCACAACCCAGCUCAAUUUCCUUCCAUCUGUCUUCAAAUUAUACACACACUCAAAAAAACAUGAUUUCUACUGUUUCUCGGCUCGCCUUGGUGUUGUCUCUGCUGCUGCUGCUGCUCGGUUCCCUAUCAACUACAAGAACCACGAUGGUGAGUGCGCUACCUGUUUUUGAUGCCGACCUGGCUGCCAAUCCGUUCGUUCACGAUGCACGCAUGAGCUAUUACGAACGACGAAAAGCCACUGUUCUCGAUACCCGGGCCAUGAUGAUGGAAGACGAUACGUUUGCCUUGUUGAUCUACUUUAUGAGCAACAACAAGCAACCGUACUUGCUUGUAAACAUCAUGCUGAACUGCUAUCCAUGUUUCACAUGCAAUAAUGCAGAUCGGAAAAAGCCGCGGACCGAGAAUCGCGGCUGA